GUAUAUCAUAAUGUCCAAUUCAAAAUUUCCAAAACAGUAACUACAUCGAAAAUGUAUUUCAAAGAAGACGUGACAUUUGAUCGCGACCUAAUAAGCAACGACAAUAGAGCAAAAUCAGCAUUUGCCAUUUAAGUAAUUCUAAGUGCCGUGACAGAUUAUAUAUUUUACACUUUAACGAUAAUUUAACUGUUAAAGCAAAAUUAUGUUUUGAUUGGCUGUGUGUUAAUUAUGAAUUACGAUCUUGUGUACAUUAAAGAUCCAUUAAAUUAGUUACAGUUAAUGACUUUAAAAUCAAAGCCAUCAUUUAAUAUUCUAAAAUUAAUACAAAAUCAAAAAUAAGAAAUGAACUAAGAAAAAGAAGUUUGGUUUUCAUAUCCAAUAAUUACGAGUUUUCUAUAAUGCACGCGAAGAGGUUAUAACAGCGAGAAUAAAACGAAUCGGGCUAUGGCCAAUGAGCUCAAAAUUAAAAAUCCUACGCCCCGAGUUUAAACUCAUACUUAUAACAUUCUCGACAAUGUCUCUUAUUUUAACCUACCUAGUUAAAUUAUUUUCCAUAUGCGUCCAAUAUAGCUACUUUUGUCUCAGGCAAUAUAGAUCACGUCCAAUAAACUCAUAUUUUCCUGUUAUUAUGGCCUUUUUGAAUACCAAUUGUUCCUUUUUUUCCUUUUAUUUUUUAUUUACUUCGUCUCAAGUCCAACACUCGUGGUGGCACCAGUGGCGGUCAAACGGGGGGGGAUGAGGGGGAUAGAUCCCCCCCCAUGAAUUUUUUUUCAAUACCUAUUUAUAACAAUUUAUAAUAAAGCAUUACAUAUUGUUCUAUUUUUUUUUCUAAAAAUAAAUUUCGAUAGACUAUAUAUGACAAGACUAUAAUAAUAUUAUUAUCUAGACUCAAGUUUAGGUACUACUAGUUACUACUAGGAUAUUAUUAUUGUUAUUAAUAUUUAGUUGUUUACACAAUAUAUAAUAUUAUGGGAAUCCCGUAUUAUCCUACUCGAUGAUUAAGAAUUUUCAAUAACAACACGCUCUACACAUUUCCAGAAUAUUGCCGAUACGGGCGAUUACAUUACGAUCGGUAGGUAUAUUUUUCAAUACUACGUAGUCGGUUGAAAACUUGAAACAUUGAUUGUUUAUUAUUUGUCAUAAUAUUAGUUAUCAUCUAUCAUCGUCUUUCGUACACGAGUUUUCUACUGUGUGUGGUGUGUCCGUGUAGUGUACUAAAGUGUCAAUUAUACAGUCGGUGUUUUUAUUAUUGACUAUUGUUUAUUUUACAUUUUUAUUUUUUACCAUUAUUAUGUCUAAUAAAAGGAAAAUUACUAGUUAUUUUGAUGCAACUUGCUGUACUUCUAAACGCUCGGUGUCGGCAGAUGAACAAAUAAGUAAGAUCACUAAUAUCGUUACAGAAAAUCAAGUUGUGGACUUAGUGACUGUUGAUUUAAACGUUCAUGACAUUGGAUCCUACAUUAAUAGUACCUUGACCGAUGCUGAUAGAUAUUUGAUUCUUAAAGAUGUGUGGAUACCACCAGCUACAUUUCCAUUUCCAUUACUUGAUUGUAAUGCCAAAAGAGGCUUAAAAUUCAAACACCAUUGGCUCAAUGCUUAUAAAUGGCUGGCCUAUUCUGAAAAAUACCAAGGUGCUUUUUGCAAAUACUGUGUUGUUUUCUCAACAAAUGGUGGUAUUGGUGGUCAAAAAUUAGGAACCCUUGUAUUGGAGGCUUUUACUAACUACAAAAAAGCUAUAGAAGUGUUUAAGAAACAUGCAAAUUUGGAAUACCAUAAAACUGCAUUACUGAAAUCUGAUAACUUUUUAAAUGUUUAUUUAAAUAAGAGUUCUUCGAUUAUAAACCGUAUUGAUAGUGAAAGAAUGAAACAAAUUGAAGAAAAUCGAAAGCGUUUAAUUCCAAUCAUUGAAUGUGUGAUGUUAUGCGGCCAACAGGAAAUAGCUUUAAGAGGUCAUAGAGAUUAUGGUCCUAUUUGUUUCAGUAGUGAAUCAAAUGAAAACGAAGGAAACUUUCGUGCUAUCUUGAAAUAUAAAGCUAAAGAUAUAGAUUACAUGAAAACCUAUUUAGAAACAGGCUCUAAAAACAAAUAUAUUAGUAAUCGAACUCAAAAUGAGAUAAUUGAAACAUGUGGAGAUAUUAUUUUAAAAAAAAUUGUUCAAAUUGUCAAUAAAUCCGGUUUUUUUUCUGUCUUAGUCGAUGAGACAACAGAUGUUUCGGUAAAAGAGCAACUCACCUUAUGUGUCAGAUAUUUAAGUGGAUCUGGAGAAAAUGUGUCUAUGAAUGAGAGCUUUUUAAAAUUUAUUGAAGUACAAAGUCUAACAGGAGAAAAUCUGGCUACAGUUAUUCUUAAUGGUUUGAAUGCUUGUGGAAUUGACUGUAAUAAUAUGGUAGGACAAGGUUAUGAUGGAGCGAGCAAUAUGUCAGGACAUUUAAAAGGUGUUCAAACUAUUAUUAGGGAGACAUACCCUAAAGCAUUGUAUGUGCAUUGUGUGGCUCAUAGCUUAAAUUUAGCUGUAUCUAAAGCUAGUAAUAUUCUACCAAUUAGAAAUUGCUUGGGCGUUGUAGAAAAAAUAUACUGCUUUUUUAAUUCUCCUAAACGCCAAAAUGUGCUUUUAAAUACAAUUGAAGAAAGUGAUCUAGACCCAAAAGUAAAAAGCUUAAAGCGGUUAUGCGCAACAAGAUGGGUUCAGAGGUAUGAAGCUGUAAAUGAUUUUAUAGAGCUUUUUAAGUUUGUAGUGGUGUCCUUGGAAACCAUUUCUAGUUGGAAAGAUACUAGUGCUACAGAUGCUACUAUUUUAAUUAAAGCGCUUGAUUCUGAAUUUUUGGUGUCACUUCAAGUAGUAAAUAUAUUAUUUUCUUAUAGUUUACCAUUGUGUAAAUUACUACAAAGUAAAGGCAUUGACUUAAAGGAAGCUAUAGAUCUUGCAGGUGAUAAUGUUACAAUACUUAAAAACUUAAGGAGUAAUAUUAAUACAGAGUUUAAUCAAAUGUUCAAAAAAGCACAGAAAAUGGCUGAAUUCUUGGAUUUCGAUAUUAAAAUUAAACGAAUUAACAAGAGACAGAUAUAUAGAGAUAAUUCUAUCAUAAGAAAUGAUGGUUCUACGCCUGAUUCUGAGGAGUAUUUUCGAGUAUCCAUAUGUGUCCCUUAUAUUGACUUCUUUAUAAGUCAAUUGGAAGAAAGGUUUUUGGCUCACCGUAGUAUUUUUAAAGGUUUUCAAUGUUUAUUUUCAAAUGAUUUUGAAUUAGAAGGUUUUGAGGAAUUAGUAAAUUUUUACCUUUCUACUGAUAUUGAAACUGUGAAAGCGGAAUUGAAUUUAUGGAAAACAAAACUUUCACGCAUAGGAAAAUCUCCAAGAACAGGACUUGAUGCUAUAAAGUUCUGUAGACGUGAAUUAUUUCCUAAUGUGUUUGAUUUAUUACAAAUAUUUUGUACACUUCCGGUAUCAACCGCAACACCAGAGAGAAUGUUUUCAUGCCUUAAACGGUUGAAAACAUAUUUAAGAAAUAGUAUGGUAGAGAGUCGUCUCAAUGGCUUGGCCACUAUGGCUGUUCAUCGUGGGGUUAUAAACAUUACAUCCAACGAAGUACUGGAUGAAUUAGCAAAAAAAAACAAAAAAAUAGAUUUACUAAUAUAAUAAAAAUAUUGUUAAUGCUAUAAUAGUAUAAUAUAUUUAUAAAGUCGGUAUACCUAACUAAGUUAUAAAUAAAGUUUGUAUUUCCCAUAAUUGUAUUAAUUGAUAUUAGAAUUAGACAUAACCAUAAAUUAUAUUUUUAAUGAUAAAAUUAUGGAUGUUAAAAAAUUAGCCAUAUUAUCCCCCCCCAUGACAAAAUCAUUUGACCGCCACUGGGUGGCACUCUAUCGGUCGCACGGGGCAACACCAUACCCGUUGCCCCGGUGACGGUAUACGAUGCCGUUGGCAGGGUAACGGCCCACGUUCUCGGACGCGCUCGAUGAUGACGUCGCCGGCCAAUAAUGCGGCCACGAGUUCUAUUAGAAAAGGACAACAAUCGAAACAAUCGAAGAAUAUAAAAAAAAAUUGUCUCCAAAGAAUCUGAAUUUCUAUCCAAUUUUUCAAUAAUUUAUUUAUUUUGUUCAAUUUUAAAACGUAAUCAAUGUUGUCAAUUUAUUAAAAGAAUAUGUCUAUAGUUGUAUAGAGUAAUCAAAUGAAACUAAUUUCUAUCAAAAUGUGUUAUUCAUAAACGUAUCAAUUAUUAUCAGUAAUAAUUAAAUAAGAUUAAAUUAAAUAUUGUAGAUUACAUUCAAUAGUCAAUACUAUGCAUUCCUAUAUUGACAAAAUACUAAAAAUGUAAU